AUGGCUAAACUUGGUCAGCACACGUAGGGACUUUGCAUUGCUCAUAGAUCAGAUUUUACAGAUGACAACUGGCGGCGUGCUCGCCUCCCCGCUAAGUAUAAAGUCCGGGCGCAGGGCUGAGAGGAGGGAGUGCAGAGAGUAGAGGCAUGGCUGAAGGACAAGUACCAUUCUCCUGCCAGAUACCCGGCAGGCACAGAACCAGCAGGGACCCCUUCCGAGACCCUCGCUUCUUGGACGAUGAGUUCGGCAUGUCGGCUUUCCCCGACCACUUCACGGCCGACUGGCCAGACUGGGCUCGCCCGAGGCUCACCUCGAACUGGCCAGGGUCCCUGAGGUCGUCCUUUAACGGGACGGCCCGCGAAGCUCCGUCGGUUUGCAGCCGGUCGCCGCCUCAGUACACGGCUCGCUACAUGGGAUAUCCCGAGACCAGGAGUCCGCCUAGCCUCAACCCCGGGGAGCCCUGGAAAGUGUGUGUCAACGUGCAGAGCUUCGCCCCCGAGGAACUCACCAUCAAAACCAAGGACGGCUUCGUGGAGAUAUCAGGAAAACAUGAAGAAACGCAGGAAGAAGGGGGAAUAGUCUCCAAAAACUUCACCAAAAAAAUCCAGUUGCCCAUCGAAGUGAACCCUGUCACAGUUUUUGCAUCCUUGUCUCCCGAAGGAGUCUUAAUCAUUGAAGCCCCCCCUGCGAGGCCACCUUGUUAUAUCUAUGGAGAUGACAGCAUGAGCAUCGAUGCAGAAGAAAAUGGAUUGAGAGGCCAAGAACAGACUGUUUCUUAAUCUUAACUGACUAUGAAAUUACCUGUCAGAUAUAAAACUUGCCAGAGAAAACAAGGUUAUUAAUUUUAUAUGAGGCAACAAGGGCUGUACAUAAAUCAUCGUUUGUUUACUUUGAUACUUAUAGAUAGUCUUACGGAAGGUAUUGAUCUGUUUUAGUCUAUUUUGUAUAUGAGAAGACUGUAUAUUGAUUGAUCACUUUCCUGCACAAUAGCAUGUAUUUUAUAUGCUGGUUAUGGGAGAGAGAUUCAAUACCGAUCCUUCUGUAAACUCUGUUUAAUUGCUGAUUUUGAAUAAAAUCUACAUUUUAAAAAAAAA